AUGCUAAUUAUUCAAUCAGAACUUGAGCUUAAAGCUGAAAAAAUAAUCAAACAAGCUGAGGAAACUGUUAAACAGGCAAAAAUUACAGUGUUUCAAAACAGUUUGCAGGCAGGGGAAACUCAAAACUAUAAUGAGUUAAAAAAUCUUCUUGAAGAAACUGAAAACCUCUUGGAGGAAGAAAAAAUAAGAGUAAAAGAAUGUCAAGAGGAGGCUACAAAAUGGAGACUAAAAUAUGAAGAACUUACAAGUUCUUCAAGUGGAAAAGGUGAUCAGUGA